AUGAAUUGUUAUGCACUUCUUGAUCAGAAAAGGGAACACAGUAAUCACAACUUUGAUCCUUGCACAAGGAUUAAAUUCAUAAUGAUACCUGAGGAAGUAAAUAGGCCCAAUAUGGAGAUUGUGCCUUCUGUGGAUCUUACAAAAGCUUUCACCACUAGCCAAGCUUUUGAAUCCUCCAAAGCUCUUGUUAAUUGGGACAAAGCUGUAGGUAAAGAGCAUGGCUAUGUUAUUAUUAUUCAGAAGUCGAACUAUGGAUCUGACAAAAGGAGGGUCGUGAUGACACUAGGAUGUGAGCGUGGCGGCAAAUAUAAACCAUCCACAUCGGUGUUAAAGCGAAAGCGGACUGGAACUAAGAAGUGUAAUUGUCCAUUCAGGCUAAGGGCAAGGUGUAGUAAUAAAGAUAAAAUGUGGACGGUGCUUGUGCAUAGUGGGAUCCAUAAUCAUGACACUGCUGAGGUUUUGCAGGGUCACUCAUAUGUUGGCCGUCUAAAUCCAGAGGAAAAGGCGAUGGUGGGAGAACUGAUUGAAGAAAGGGUCAAGGCCAGUGAUAUUUUGAUUGCUAUAAGGAAACACAACCCAACCAACUUGACUAGAAUUAAACAGAUUUACAAUGAGAAGCAAGCAUACAACAGGUUGAAGAGGGGAUCGUUGACCGAGAUGCAACACUUGAUGAAGUUGUUGGAAGAACACAAAUACGCACAUUGGUCUAGGGUGCAGGAUGGUACUGAUGUGGUCAGAUCUUUGUUUUGGGCACACCCUGAUUCCAUUCACUUGUUCAAUGAGUUUUUGUGA